GAGUGGCUGCGAUGCGAUGCGCGCAAAGACUUUAAGCUUGGUUGGUGCCAGGCAAAUGGGAUAUCUGACAGGAGGCCCACUUGAGUAACCACCCGCAUCGCGGCCCGUGCCCAGCGGUAGACGCCUGUGCUUGGGCUGGGCUGGGCUGGGCUGGGCUGUGGUGUAUUUAUAUGUGCGUGUGUGUGUUGGCGUUUAGGGAGUGGUUGGGUUUAAGUAGUCGCUGUGUUUCCUCUGUUUGUUUCCUGUUUCUCGUUCAUAGAGAUCGAUCUGGGAUUUUGUUGUUGGGACUGUUGAUUCGGUCUUUUAUAUUAUUUCCUCUCUCUAAGAUUCUAUUUUCUAACGUUCAGAGAUACAGUCAUCAUUAUUUAAGAUGCCGUUCCUCAAGAAGUCAGAAGUAGCAGAAGACGUGCGUUCUUUCGACGCGCCGCCUACGGAAGAACAUCCCGCCAUGCGGGGCAGCAAUAAAUCGAACAUCGUCGAUUCCAUCAACCUAGGUCUCACGGUCCUGGCUUUAUUGUCGGCGAUGACGAUCGUAGGCACCAGUGCCGAGACGCUGCAGGUGUAUAAUACGACGCGGUUGGGGAACGGGCAUUUCUUGUCCAUGUGGCCGAAUGAGUUCGAUAUCCGCCCGACGGUGGCGUUGGUUGUUUGCGGGUCGAUCAUGAUCGUGGCUGCGGCGUUGGGGGUCGUUGUUAAGAAGGUUCCUGCGAUCGCAAAUCAUACGCUCCUUGCGACUCCACUGUCUCUUCUCUUCCCGAGUAUCUCGCUCGUCGCUGCCCUGAUCGCAACUUCCUUCUUCUAUGGCGUUAAUACCUCAUCCUCGACCUUCAGUCUGCAGUCGUGGACUUGCCAGUGGAGCGAUAUCGAUAUGGAUGUUAAGCCACAUUGGGGAACGCUUUGCAAGGAGAGCAAGGUUGCGUUGUAUUUGAGCGUAAUGAUGAUCCCGCUUCAGGUGUUGGUUCUUGGAACGGUGGUUGUGGGGUUCCUUGGUCGGGUGAGGGGUUGGGUUGCCGGGAAAGGAAAGGGAAAUGGUGGGAUGGAGGAGGAGAGGAAGGGAAGUCCUGCUCUGUCUUGAAGGAUAGUGGGAAAUGAUGGUUGGGAUUUGAAAGAAGCUUGAGGUAGCUCGUGAUGGGACGACGAGUGAAGGUCGAGUCGUGAUGAGUUGAGAUGAGAGUUAGA